AUGCCGUCUGAAUCUCGUAUCGAGAAUCCCUUCUUCCACCCCUUCCUCUUCAUCUUCCAGAUCUGGCAAUGGUUCGCCGAUAAGAUCUUCUCGCCCACGCCCCCGGAGCCGAGCACCCGCUUGAGCCGGCCCAAAAUUGCCGUCAUCGGAGCUGGUAUCACUGGUGUGACGUCCGCCGCCCACUGCAUCGGCCAUGGUUUCGACGUCGUCAUCUUCGAGGCCGGCGGUCGCGAGAAUCUGGGCGGAAUUUGGAGCAGAGUGAACAACUCGUCAAGCCUGCAGAUCCACUCGAUGAUGUUCCGAUUCCAUCCCUCGGUCAAGUGGGAGCGCGGGUACCCGGACAGACAGCAGAUUCUCAGCCAAGUGAAGCAGCUGUGGGAAAAGUACGGCCUGGAAACCCGGACCAAGUUCAACACUGCCGUCGAGAAGGUCUACCAGGAUGAGAAGGGUAGAUGGGUCAUCAACAACACGGCCAAUGGCCACUUUGAGGGUGUCAUCGCCGCUGUCGGCACCUGUGGCGAGCCCAAGAUGCCCCAGCUCCCGGGUCUCGAGAAUUUCAAGGGCAAUGUCUAUCACUCCAGCCAGCUUACCGGGAAAAACGCCAAGGGCAAGAAGAUGGUCGUCAUCGGCGGCGGCGCCAGUGCCGUCGAGGCCUUGGAGUUCGCCGUCGACGAAGAGGCCGAGAAGACGUCCAUCCUGUCUCGCAGCGACAAAUGGAUCAUCCCCCGCAACCCCAUCGUGAACAUGCUGCUCGCCAUGAACAUCCUCGGCCAAGAGACCCGCCUGUCGUGGAUCCCCGAGACCUUGUUGCGAAAGCUCUUCUACCGGGACCUGCAGGAAAUUGCGCCCUACAGCAAGGGCAUCUACAUGGACACGCCCAUGGUGAACAGCCAGGUCAUGGACACCAUCCGGUCCGGCCAAGCCGAGUGGGUUCGCUGCGACAUUGAAGGCUUCACCGCGGAUGGAGUCAUUGUCAACCGGCGUGCCCAAGGCGUGCCCAAGGGAGGCCCCGGCCGGAGACAGGUCAUCCCCGCCGACAUGGUCGUGAUGGCGACCGGAUACAAGCGUCCCUCGCUGGAAUUCCUCCCGGAGGACUGCUUCAAUGACCCGUAUGCGCCUCCCAACUGGUACAUCCAGACCUUCCCGCCGAACCACCCCUCCAUCUCUGCUAUAAACUGCACGUAUGUAGCCGCCAUCGGCACCGUCGGUAACUGGCAUAUCGGCAUCUACACCAGGAUUCUCCUCAUGUUCCUCAUCGACCCGAUGACGAGGCCCCAUCCCUUCUGGAUGAAGGCCUGGAUCGAGAUGACCAAGCUGCUCAAGUCCGCCGCCCCCACCGGCGCCUUUGACUUCUUCACCUACCUCGAGCUUCUCUGGUGGUUCGCCUUCAGCGUCACCUUCAACCCGUUCCGAUGGAAGUGGGCCUUCUUCGUCUUCUUCGGCUUGGGCUUCAUGUUGCCGAAGCGAGUCGUCGAGGUCGAGAGCCGUAUCCGGAACGGCAUGGGCUUCCAGGACGAGGUCGGCCGCGACGUGGGACACAGCAUCUGA